AUGCUAUUCACUUUACUAGGUUUAGUCGCUUUAUUCCUGCGAGAAAGGAAUAACGGCAACAACAACCACCCUGGUCAAGAUGACAACGUGGACCAGGGUGAUGAUCUUCCACCUCUGGAGAAUAAUGAUGGUCAGACUUCUCAGGAGAUCCCCAGUGACCCUGUAGUCCUUCCUACUGUGGAAGAACCUAUCACUGGUGGUAACCCUCAAGUUGAGGAGUGGAGUCAAGACCAAUCAUUAGAGGAACCAGUGAUUGGUGAACCUCAAGUCGAUGAGGACUGUAGUGAGCACCAGUCAUUGGAGGAACCAACUGUUGGUGACCAUCAAGUUGAUGAGGACUUUAGUGAGUACCAGUCACUGGAGGAAUCAACUGUUGGUGACCAUCAAGUUGAUGAGGACUUUAGUGAGUACCAGUCACUGGAGGAAUCAACUGUUGGUGACCAUCAAGUUGAUGAGGACUGUAGUGAGCACCAGUCAUUGGAGGAACCACCUGUUGGUGACCGUCAAGUGGAUGAGGACUGUAGUGAGCACCAGUCAUUGGAGGAACCAACUGUUGGUGACCAUCAAGUUGAUGAGGACUGUAGUGAGCACCAGUCAUUGGAGGAACCAAUUGUUGGUGACCAUCAAGUUGAUGAGGACUUUAGUGAGUACCAGUCACUGGAGGAACCAACUGUUGGUGACCAUCAAGUUGAUGAGGACUGUAGUGAGCACCAGUCAUUGGAGGAACCACCUGUUGGUGACCAUCAAGUUGAUGAGGACUGUAGUGAGCACCAGUCAUUGGAGGAACCAACUGUUGGUGACCAUCAAGUUGAUGAGGACUUUAGUGAGUACCAGUCACUGGAGGAACCAACUGUUGGAGACCCUCAAGUGGAUGAGGACUGUAGUGAGCACCAGUCAUUGGAGGAACCACCUGUUGGCGAUGACGACUGGAGUCAAGAACAGUCAAUACAGGAACCAAUCAUUGGUGACCCUGAAGGCAAUGAUGACUACCAGUCAUUGGAUGUACCUGUCAUUCGUGACCCUCAAGAUGAUGAUGACUGGAGUGACUACCAGUCAUUGGAUGAAUUUGUCCCUGGUGACUCUCAAGUUGAUGAUGACCUGAGAGAAGACAUCUACUACAGUCUACCAGAGGACAAUGUGUCACCUCAGUUGAGCCAGCUGCAGGAUAAUAAGGAAACAAUUAUCGAAAUCAAUUCCUACAACUAUAAAAUCGGCGAUCAACUGGGUGAAGGAGGAUUUGGAUCCGUCUUUGAAGCAACUCGUUUGGAAGAUAAUGUUCAGGUGGCGGUGAAAUUUGCCUCCAAAAAGUGUGCUGAAUAUGUCAGCGUUGAUGAUUUCAAUCCCGCUCCACUGGAGGUUGCGCUGCAAAUCAUUGCAAAUCAGGAGCCCAGGUUUCCGCAGAUCAUCCAGCUUCUGGACUGGAAGGACGAGGCUGACUAUUACAUCAUGGUGUUAGAGCGGCCCAUGCCCUGUCAGUCCGUGGAUGAUUUUUUACUGAACUACACAGGCAUCAUAAAUGAGGAUAUGGCACGGGUUAUAAUGCGACAGGCAGUUUUCGCGGCUCAGACAUGCUGCCAGCGUGGAGUGUUCCAUCGCGAUAUAAAGCCCGAAAACCUGCUAAUUAACCCAGACACCCUCCAAGUCAAAUUAAUUGACUUCGGAUGUGGUGCAUUCCUCAACAGCGAGGGAUACACAUACUUUUCUGGCACACGAAAUUACUGCCCCCCAGAGUACAAGAUAGAUGGCAGGUAUCACGGGGAGCCAGCAACCGUCUGGUCCCUCGGGGUACUGUUGUUUGAAAUGCUCUGCUGGGAUUUUCCUAAGAUUUCAGACCUGGACCUCAUCAAAGAUAAAAUCUGGACCAGAGAUAAAUUGUCACCAGAAUGCUGUGAUCUUAUUUGCAGUUUUCUGCAGAUCAACCCAGAGAAGCGGAUUGAACUCAAAGAUGUCCUUCUCCACGACUGGUUUAAGACUGGUGACGUGGAGAAUGACGACGAAUCAAUUAUGGAAAUCAAUUCCUACAACUAUAAAAUCGGCGAUCAACUGGGUGAAGGAGGAUUUGGAUCCGUCUUUGAAGCAACUCGUUUGGAAGAUAACGUUCAGGUGGCGAUGAAAUUUGCCCCCAAAGAGAAUGCAGAAUAUGUCAGCGUUGAUGGUUAUUCCAGACCAAUUCCACUGGAGGUCGCGCUGCAUAUUCUUGCAACUGAGCCCAGGGUUCCAGAAAUCAUCCAGCUUCUGGACUGGAAGGACGAGGCUGACUGUUACAUCAUGGUGUUAGAGCGGCCCAUGCCCUGUCAGUCCGUGGAUGAUUUUUUACAGAGCUACAGGGGCCCCAUGGAUGAGGAGGACUUGGCACGGGUUAUAAUGCGGCAGGCAGUACUCGCAGCUCAAACAUGCUGCCAGCGAGGAGUGUUCCAUCGGGAUAUUAAAAUGGAAAACCUGCUAAUUAACCCCGACACCCUCCAAGUCAAAUUAAUUGACUUCGGAUGCGGUACAUUCCUCAACAGCGAGGGAUACACGUACUUUUCUGGCACAGAAGAGUACUGCCCCCUAGAGUACAAAAUAGAUGGCAAAUAUCACGGGGAGCCAGCAACCGUGUGGUCCCUUGGGGUGCUGUUGUUCGUAAUGCUGUGUUGGAACUUUCCACGGAGCUCUGACCUGGACAAGAUAUUUAAGGAAAAUAUUGUGACCAAAAAUGGCUUGUCACAAGAAUGCUGCGAUUUUAUUGGCUGUUGUCUGCGUCUGGACCCAAAAAAGCGGAUAAAACUGGAUGAUGUUCUUCUCCACGACUGGUUUAAGAUGGAUGAUGUGGAGAAUGACAAAAAUAGCUUUCUGGACCGGCAAACCAACACCCCAUGCUGGACUAGCAAACCAGCACCCCAUGCUGGACCAGCAAACCAGCGUGGGAUGCUGGACCAGCAAACCAGCGUGGGAUGCUGGACCAGCAAACCAGCCAACCAGCACCCCAUGCUGGACCAGAAACCAGCACCCCAUGCUGAACCAGCAAACCAGCGUGGGAUGUUGGACCAGCAACCAGCACCCCAUGCUGAACCAGCAAGCCAGCGUGGGAUGUUGGACCAGCAACCAGCACCCCAUGCUGAACCAGCAAACCAGCGUGGGAUGUUGGACCAGCAACCAGCACCCCAUGCUGGACCAGCAAAUCAGCGUGGGAUGCUGGACCAGCAACCAGCACCCCAGCAUCCCCAGCUGAACCAGCAUGGGAUGCUGGACCAGCAACCAGCACCCCAUGCUGGACCAGCAACCAGCAUCCCAUGCUGA